GACGUCCUACGUUUACCGUUCCCGUUUUCCACCACCAUGUCGACGUCGACAACCUCGAUGGAUAGCUCUGUAGCAGCCGAGAUAGAGAAAUUCCGUACAGACGUCGCAAAGAACGCCGAGGAUAUCAUUUUUAAGACCUUUCCAGCCAAGAUUUUAGAGCUAAACAAGCGGAUAGCAACAUUUUCCUCGAAUGACUCUUCUACACCUUUUCACCCAUCUCAUGCCAAGGCUCACACUGAUGUCAACGUGUACCCACCUCUUUGCGAGAACGGGGGAAACGGGCCACCGUCCAAAAAGCGAAAGACGACAGACUCGACGAGUGAUCAAGGGGAAUCGAGCGAUUUUCAGAACGGCGCGCUCUACACACCACUCGUGAAAGCUAAUCAGCAUACGAGAACUCUGCAUGAGAGUGUGAAGAAAGAGUGCGAGCAACUCGCUGGACUCAUUGACCAGGUAAAGUUGUGGGUGACUUUGACGAUGCCGAGGAUAGAAGAGUGAGUCCUCCACCGAAGGGUCUUGUAAAUUCUGCAUCACGUUGAGUGUCGCAUUUGUGUGCAGCGGCGACAAUUUCGGUGAGACGUGAACCCCCUGCAUCGAUUCCCAACAGACACUUAUAGGUGACCUCUAGGCGUGCAAGUGCAAGAAGGUAGC